AUGUUUGUCAGCUACCUGAUAUUAACAUUGCUCCACGUUCAAACAGCAGUGUUAGCAAGACCUGGGGGAGAGAGCAUUGGCUGUGACGACUACCUGGGCUCGGACAAAGUGGUGGACAAGUGCGGGGUGUGCGGAGGUGACAACACGGGCUGUCAGGUUGUGUCAGGCGUGUUCAAGCACGCCCUCACCAGCCUGGGCUACCACCGAGUGGUCGAGAUUCCCCAAGGAGCCACCAAAAUCAACAUCACCGAGAUGCACAAGAGCAACAACUAUUUGGCUUUGCGAAGUCGUUCUGGCCGCUCCAUCAUCAACGGGAACUGGGCAAUUGACCGGCCUGGAAAAUAUGAGGGCGGAGGGACCAUGUUCACCUACAAGCGUCCAAAUGAGAUUUCGAGCACCGCUGGAGAAUCCUUUUUGGCUGAAGGCCCCACGAAUGAGAUCUUGGAUGUCUAUAUGAUACACCAGCAGCCCAACCCAGGAGUCCACUAUGAGUACGUCAUCAUGGGGACCAACGCCAUCAGCCCACAGGUGCCUCCUCACAGGAGACCAGGGGAGCCCUUCAAUGGCCAGCUGGGAACAGACGGGAGGAGCCAGGAGGAGGGAGAAGAGAAAGAAGAGGCCGAGGAGAAGGAAGAUGUGCACGGUGGGGCCCCCGAAGUAUUCACCUCGGAAUCGGCACAGACCUUCCCAGUCAGGCAUCCGGAUGGAUUUUCUUCCCAUCGACCAGACAACAUGGUGCCGGCAGCCCCGCAGCCCCCGCGGCGAAGCCGGGACCACAACUGGAAGCAGCUGGGGACCACAGAAUGCUCCACAAGUUGUGGGAAAGGAUCGCAGUUCCCUAUUUUUCGCUGUGUGCACCGAAACACCCACGAAGAGGUGCCCGAGAGCUACUGCGACUCCAGUAUGAAGCCCACCCCCGAGGAGGAGCCCUGCAACCUCUUCCCUUGCCCAGCCUUCUGGGACAUCGGAGAGUGGUCCGAGUGCAGCAAAACCUGCGGCCUGGGCAUGCAGCACCGUCAGGUCCUGUGCCGCCAGGUGUACGCCAACCGCAGCCUGACGGUGCAGCCCUUCCGCUGCCGGCACCUGGAGAAGCCCGAGACCACCAGCACCUGCCAGCUCAAGAUCUGCAGCGAGUGGCAGAUCCGCACAGACUGGACCUCGUGCUCAGUGCCCUGCGGGGUGGGACAGAGGACCCGAGACGUGAAGUGUGUGAGCAACAUCGGGGACGUGGUCGACGAUGAAGAAUGCAACAUGAAGCUCCGGCCGAACGACAUUGAGAACUGCGACAUGGGGCCCUGUGCAAAGAGCUGGUUCCUCACCGAGUGGAGUGAAAGGUGCUCAGCAGAGUGUGGGGCUGGAGUGCGGACACGCUCGGUGGUGUGCAUGACCAACCACAUCAGCAGCCUGCCCCUGGAGGGCUGUGGGACCAACCGGCCCGCGGAGGCCACCCCGUGUGACAAUGGGCCCUGCACGGGCAAGGUGGAGUGGUUUGCAGGGAGCUGGAGUCAGUGUUCCAUCGAGUGUGGGAGUGGGACGCAACAGAGGGAGGUGAUUUGUGUUAGGAAGAACGCAGACACCUUUGAAGUGCUGGACCCCUAUGAAUGUUCCUUCCUGGAGAGACCCCCCAGCCAGCAAGCAUGCCACCUCAAGCCUUGCGGGGCCAAAUGGUUUAACACAGAAUGGAGCAUGUGUUCCAAGAGCUGCCAGGGCGGCUUCCGGGUCCGCGAAGUGCGCUGCCUGUCAGAUGACAUGACCCUAAGCAAUCUCUGUGACCCUCAGUUGAAACCAGAAGAGAAAGAAUCUUGUAACCCUCAGGACUGUGUCCCUGAAGUUGAUGAAAACUGCAAGGACAGGUACUACAACUGCAACGUGGUGGUGCAGGCGCGACUCUGCGUCUACAAUUACUACAAGACCGCCUGCUGCGCGUCCUGCACUCGCGGGGCCAGCAGGCACGCGGGCUUCCUGGGCAGCAGAUAA